GGACAUGAAUUAAACUAUAAAUGAAUAAAUAAACAAUUCCUGAUUUUUUUUUUCAUUUAUUUCCUUUCAAAUAUCACAGAGCUUUGUAACUAGUAUUGGCUUAGCACUGAUAACAUGCUCAAUUUCACUGAUGUGACAGAGUGUAUUCUUUUGGGAUUAACUAGUCGUCAGGAAUGGCAAGUUGUCUUCUUCAUCAUUUUUCUCAUGGUCUAUAUUAUCACCACAGUGGGCAAUAUUGGCAUGAUCUUGUUAAUUAAAGUCAGUCCACAGCUUAACAGCCCCAUGUACUUUUUCCUUAGUCGUUUGUCAUUUGUGAACGUUUGGUUUUCUUCCAAUGUCACCCCUAAAAUGUUGGAAAACCUUUUGUCAGAGACAAAAAUGAUUUCGUAUUCUGGUUGUUUAGUACAGUGUUUUUAAUUCAUUGCCCUUGUCCAUGUAGAAAUUUUUAUUCUUGCUGUCAUGGCCUUUGAUAGAUACGUGGCCAUUGGGAAUCCUCUACUCUAUGGCGGCAAAGUGUCAAGGGUUGUCUGUAUUCGACUGAUUUCGUUCCCUGACAUAUACGGCUUUCUGACUAGUCUUGCAGCAACAUUAUGGACUUAUGAUUUGUACUUCUGUGGGAAAAUUGAAAUCAACCACUUCUACUGUGCAGACCUACCUCUCAUCAAAAUGGCCUGUGCUGGGACCUAUGUAAAAGAAUAUACAAUGAUCAUACUUGCAGGCAUUAACUUCACAUAUUCUCUGACUGUAAUUAUCAUCUCUUAUCUACUCAUUCUCAUUGCCAUUCUAUGGAUGCACUCAGCGGAAGGGAGGCGGAAGGCCUUCUCCACCUGUGGGUCCCAUCUGACAGCUGUCAUCAUAUUUUAUGGGACUCUCAUCUUCAUGUAUCUCAGACGUCCCACUGAAGAGUUGGUGGAGCAGGGGAAAAUGGUGGCUGUGUUUUAUACCACAGUGAUCCCCAUGUUGAAUCCCAUGAUCUACAGCCUGAGGAACAGGGAUGUGAAAGAAGCCAUGAACAAAGUGAUCACUAGAACAUGUUUAACAAAAUAA